CUCACUCAUCGUAGCCUCCCAUGGCAACGACAAGGACGGUUGCUGCGUCGUCGUCGUCGUCGUCGUCGUCGUCGUCGUCAACGGCGCCGAAGCCCUCACUACUACGUCGUCAUGCCUUGCCACUGACGAUCAUCCUCGCGGCCGCUUUCGUGCUGCGCAUCGCCCUCUUCACCCUCACAUCCCUUCCUUCGCUCCUCGAGACGCGACUCGAGCUCAAUGACCCUCACAAUGCAUGGAAGAAUGUCCUCAAGACAUUUUGGGCGAUCGAUCCACCAGCCAACAUCGAGGUACCCUUCCCUUACAGAGCACACGGCGAAGCCUCAAUGACGGAUGCAUUCGCUACGCCCGCAAGAGCUCUGCCUCCACCGCUGCUCCUCAUGAUCCUCUCGCCUGUCUUGCCUUCGCUGCAUCAUACCUCAUGGCGUAUCGAUGUGGCAACGCUAUCGAUAGAUGCAGCAAGCAUCCUCUUUGCUCUAGCCGACUCAUUGGCCACCUUGCUCAUCUUCCAGCUCGCAGCCCUCCGUCUUCGCUCGCCCAUUGUGCCUACGCGUACAACGCAACACAAGAGGAAGAACCGCCUCGAGGCAAGGCAUCGUCUGCAGUCCCUCGGCAUCAAAGGUCUACGACUAGACCCUCAUCCCCUGGCAAUCGCAGCAGUUUACGCCUUCAAUCCACUCAGCAUCUCCACCUGCCUAGCCCGAAGCGGCACGACACUCGUAUCCACUUCCCUCCUCCUUGCACUCUGGGCAGCCACGUCAGGGUACAGCGCCAUCACAGGUCUAGGCAUUGCGACCUCUUCGCUCCUCUCGCUCCAUCCGAUCCUCCUUGCUCCGCCCUUGAUCGCCCUAUGCUGCAGGCAGACCCGCUACUUCCGUCACCACCUCGGUCGAAGAGUAGGCAAGCGACAGAAAGACAGUGCAAAAGACUGGCAGAACCCCACCUUCUGGACAGGUCUUUUCCUUGCUGGCUUCGCAUGGAUCAGUGCAGGCUUUCUCGCCGAGCAUCAGGGUCGUCCCGAGGUCGCAGCACAGGACUGGUACUCCCUUCUCGCCGUACAUCGCUCCUUCCUUACCCUCCCCUCCCUCACACCAGGGUUGAGCCUGUGGUGGUACUUCUUCAUCGAGAUGUUCGAGCAUUUCAGGCACUUCUUCCUGCUGGUCUUCAACGCUCAUCUCGCUGCUUGGACCAUCCCAGUCACACUCAGGUUCAGGCAUGACCCGCUCUUUGCGACCUUCUUGCUGCUCGGGGUACAGAGCAUCUUUAAGCCUUAUCCUACUGCCGGGGAUGUAGCGACCUGGCUGUCUUUAGGCUUCGUCUUCCCAGAGUAUGCGGCUUGUGAGUGCCAGGAGUGCCUGGUGACGGUCACGCCGAGCACGAUGCUGAAACCCUUUCCCUUCGUCCACGCUCCGCAGACCUGCGCAAUCCUCUGCCUCCCGCUCUCCUCUUCCUCUACUCCACUCUCCUCAUCCCCUCCUUCGCUCACCUCUUCCUCGUCCUCGGAUCAGCAAAUGCAAACUUCCUCUACGCGGUUGGGCUCGUGUGGAGCUUGGGCGGGGUAGUCGUGUGGCUCGACUGGGCUUGGGCUGGUGGGAGGGCGCAUUGGGAAAGGGAGAGGGAGGCCGGCAUUCAGGAGAGAGAUGAGAGUGGAGGGCAGCAGGAUGAAGAUGAUGAAUUGCCCGGGAAUGUCAGUGGACAGGAGAGCGCGACAGAAAGAAGACAGAAGCGGCCGGCUGGUACCAGGAGAACCGUGGCCCAAGUGUAGCCUUGCGACGCGUCUACGAGAUUGGCAGCCAGUAGAAACCAUACACUCACACCUCGUUCUGGCUGAGCAGGAUCUGCAACCUCUCCUUCCUCCUAACCUUGACCUGAACUCGCUCAACAGGGCACCGUCCCUCGACCUCCCUAGGUAUCAUUCCACUCUCUCGCCACUCCCUCGGCCAGGCC